UCCUUGACCCCUUCCCCCCCCCCCUCCCUCCAGCUGCGGCAAGGAGAUUACAGGCUGCCAGACAAUGUUUUUCAAGCCAGACCAGGAAGGAGUCGGCGAGGUGUGCUUUGCCGGGCGCCAUGUCUUUAUGGGCUACCUGAACAUGGAAGACAAAACGAAAGAAGCAGUUGACAGCGAGGGCUGGCUCCAUUCCGGGGAUCUGGGCCGGUACGACGAGGACGGCUUCCUCUACAUCACCGGGAGAAUCAAAGAGCUGAUCAUCACCGCGGGGGGAGAGAAUAUUCCCCCAAUCCCGAUCGAAGACGCUGUCAAGGAGGCCGUCCCCAUUCUCAGUAAUGUCAUGUUGGUGGGAGACAAAGCCAAAUACCUCGUCAUGCUGAUGACCCUUAAGAGCAAGAUGAACUUGGAAACGGGACUCUCGGAAGACGAACUGACCCCCGAAGCCGUGGAGUUUUGCAAGAAGCUGGGCAGCAAAUCCACCAAGGUCUCCGACAUCGUGGGGAACAAAGACUUGGCUGUGUACACCGCCAUCCAGAAGGGGGUCAUGAAGGUCAACGAUCAGGCCACCUCCAACGCUCAGAAAAUCCAGAAGUGGCUCCUUCUGAACAAGGACUUCUCCGUCCAGAGUGGCGAGCUUGGCCCAACCAUGAAGCUGAAGAGGCCCGUGGUAAGCAAGAUGUAUGAAGAACAGAUCCAACAGCUUUACUCAGAAACACCGAAUUUCUGAACCAGGAUGCGCGUCUCUCCGCCGGCCUCUGUCCAAAGUGCGGCAGCAGCUUUCCCGGAGCCUCUGGGGAGGCUUCCCUUGAUAAACGAGGUUUUUUCCCCAAUAACGGCAUGUUGUCUUCUCUUGCCCUUGGGACUCUGGCUGUGCCAGCGGGAAGCCUCCGGAAGACCCUCGCCGGCUGUUGUGACCCCAGGGUCCCUCUUCCUGAAAGGAAUGUACCAACCUCA